AUGGCUCUCCUGGCACAUGGGAACCAUACUGCAGUGACACAGUUCAUUUUAGAUGGCUUAACAGAUGACCCAGUCCUUCAAAUCCUUCUCUUCAUCAUUAUCUUGUGCAUCUACCUGGUGACCCUGUCUGGAAAUCUCAGCACAAUUCUGCUAAUCAGAAUCUCUCCUCAGCUCCACCGCCCCAUGUACUUUUUUCUGAGUCACUUGGCUUCUACUGACAUUGGUUAUUCAUCUUCAGUUACACCCAACAUGCUUGUUAACUUCCUGAUGGAGAGGAGUACCAUCUCCUACCUUGGGUGUAUCAUCCAGCUUGACUCAGUUGCUUUCUUUGGGACAGUUGAAUGCUGUCUUCUGGCUGUGAUGGCUUAUGAUCGCUUUGUGGCAAUUUGUAGCCCACUGCUUUAUUCAACAAAAAUGUCCACACAAGUCUGUGUUCAGUUGCUUAUAGGAGCUUACAUGAGUGGUUUUCUUAUUCCUUCCUCCUGUACCCUUUCCUUUGUUUCUAUUGUCUUCUGUGGAUCAAACAGAGUCAAUCACUUUUUCUGUGACUUUACUCCUUUAGUUGAACUCUCCUGUUCUGAUGUCAGUGUCUUCACAGCUGUUACCACUUUUUCUUCUGGGACUACUAUAUUAAUCACAGUUGUAGUCAUAGCUGUCUCCUACACCUACAUCCUCAUCACCAUCCUGAAGAUGCGCUCCACUGAGGGCCGCCAGAAGGCCUUCUCCACCUGCACCUCCCACCUCACUGCAGUCACUCUGUUCUAUGGAACCAUCACAUUCAUUUAUGUGAUGCCCAAGUCCAGCUACUCCACUGACCAG